AUGGCUCCUGUUUCUCCCGCACCCAAGCGCAUUAAAGUUUCAAGUAUCUCGAAGGCGAAGAAACAAAUCACCACCCUACAAAAACCGAAUUUCAACGCAAACGAGGUCAAGCGCGCGACCAAGGAGACCACCAGCUUCAAGUGUCCCGUCUCGCCGAAAAAAAUAUUUCUCGAGCCCACCGACGGCCAAGUGCGUCAGUUCUACGGCGCCAGGAAUUUUAGUGGCACUCCAUAUGAUCGGUUACCUCAAGCCGAGAAGCUCGCGUGGCAAGAGUCUCUGAGAGACAACCUGACCCUGAUCGGCUUUCACGUCUACUCCCAGCUCUUCCCGAGCCUACUCGAAAAUCGAAUCAAACUGAACAAGGCGAGCCACCACUACAGAGACAUCGACCGCGCGACGCCCGAGGGUAGGAACCAGCUAGAGCAGCGCCGAGAAGCCCUCACAAGACUCCAACGGGUCGGCUCGGCUCGUUCGGUGUUUCACGGGCUCCCGUACGGGGUGGACAAAUCGAAGAGUAUACUACAGUUCAUGAAGAUGGAUUUCGACGACGACGAUUCGAGGCAGCGGUUCUUCCUGCAGCGAGAUUUUGCCACAAUAUCUGGGAAGCGAGGGGAGACCAGCUCGUCUAGUGUGUAUGCAUCAUGUUCUUCUGCAAUCGGGCUUAUGUGGUUCGCGACGGUCAUUCUUGGGAGGCCCACAGCUUUCGAAUCGGUCGUCUUGCCCCUGAACGUGAUGGAGCGUCGCGUGCUCGAGGAGAGGUGGCUUUGCCCCCCCUGCCACUUGGACGGCGCUAUCCGCGGCUGGGAGACAGACUGGAGGGGCGUGUUUCGUGCGAUAAACGUACCGCACAGAAACAUAGCCUACAUAAUGUUGGAGCGGGCGUGCCAAGACAAGUACAUUGAGGGGUUCCACGUAGGAGACGCGUACGGUCUUUUCAAGGCGACCCGCUCGGCCCCGGGUGACGCCGAGAGGAUAGCUACACUGUUUCGGACGUACACAGAAAAAACAAAGUACGGGAUCGAGUGCGGACCUGUGGUUGGGAGUCUGGACAUAAUCCGACAGCGACCAGUGGACUCUGUCGGCCGCAUGGACGGCUCCGUGUUGGGUUCCAUACAUUUGACGUAUGGAGAGAGAGCAGGCGUCGCGGCGAUGGCUGCUUGCAACACACCGCAGGGAGGCCCAACGCUCUUCGACGCUAGUGUCGGCGCGAAACUCACGGAGAUCAUGGCGCACUUCGACAGCCAGCUUUGGAAAACGAGGAAAAGGCUCAAAAUGGCAAACACCGUCAGCAACAACCUGGACCCCGCCGGCCUCAACAAGAAGGUGGAUGGCGGGCGUAUGUUGGAUCCCACGGACCCCAAGGCGGUGGAGAUGAUGUACGACAUGCUCAAAGGGGUCUGCUUCGGCGUUUGGCACCCCCUGAAGAGCCUGAUCGGUGAGAAACUCGGGGCUAGCAUGGAACACCCCUCCGCGUUUCUUAAAAUUUCCAAUCAGGAGGCCGAGCUCCUGUACGAGCACGCUAAGAAUACGGGUGUGCUAUACUCCGACGUAGCCAAUCUCUGCGUCUUACUCGCGCUAAGCAACUGUUUUCAGAGGUCCCAGGUCAUGCGCGAGGCAACGGUGAACGAGUAUGCUCUUGUUCCGGACGGCACCCACUUCAGGCACACUUUCAAGGACCGAACCUGGAAGACGGCUACCGCCUCAGCGUCGAGUGGGGCUCUUCCCGUUAGUCACUUUGAAAUGUCAGCAGACCAAAGCAUGAUGAUACAUUUUGUAGCCUGUGUGGGCCACCGCUUCUGCGACGUAGACAUGCGCGACGGCAACAGGAGGCUGUUUGUCAAUUCGAACGGGGAAGGGUGGACCCCAAACGACACUCGGUCGCGUUUCAAAAAGAUUGGGGCGUACUGGCUAGGAAUUGAAAACUUCUCUCCCCAUGUGUGCCGUACGUUUUGGGCCACACACGCCCUGAAUUCGGGCCAAGUCAAUAGCAGUAAUAUCGACGACUUUAGCUCCUAUCUCCAGGUGUCGAGUGCCACGUUAAGGAGUAGCUAUGCAGCUGCCUCUGCAAACACAGCUGCCCACACAAUAGGCAACGUCGUGCUAGGUGGCGUAGUCAACUCGGCUUGUCGUGUGGAAAUUGCGGAGAAUGGCGAUGGGCCGCAAGGGCCGAAGCUGCGUAAGAUCAGACUGGAGUUCCUUGCGGACAUCCGCGCAUCUCUGCUCAAGUACUCGGGCGAUGCCAAACACAUGUUCCAGGAUCUAGUGAGGAAGCGUAAGGUUGGUCAGCUCGGAGAGAGUGAAAAAUGGUUUCGGAAGGAGAAUACUUUCUGGAAGGAUGAACAUGAAAGGGUGUUUCUGCGUUUCGUGGGAGGGGUGUGA